UAGUGUUCCACAUGUCGGUGUGCGCUUUUAUUUGUGUGUGUUCUUCGCGUGUUGGAUAUCCGUCACUUGACCGCUAAAACACUUGGACUGAAGGCAUGCCCCACGCUUCGGACAUUUCCCCUGAUGAUGAGCUCAAAGUGUAUCAAAAUGAAGGGGAGGCAGAAGACGAGGAACGAUCUUCAGCUGAGAACCUCAAAGAGGUCAAAACAAGCCUUGUUACUGAGGUCGUCGACGAAGAGGAGCAACAUCGGAAGAAUGCUUCGAGCUUCAUACCUUCAUCGAAACCUUCCAGAUCCCUUGCCGAGCCGAUCGGCCCUCAUCUCCCUGGCAAACAUUUUGAGUAUCUCUCACCAACAUUUGGAUAUGUUAUGUCACCUUAUCAUCCUCAUCCAAAUGGACCUUAUGGUGCUAUAUCCAUGGUCAACAGAGUUCCUUUGGUUCCCCCAAACCAUUCACCCUCUCCCCUUCCUUUCAUGAUGUACAGCUCAGAACAGUGCCAGCCACCUCCUGCUCACAUGGGUAUUUCUCAUCUCAAUCACAAAACAGGUAUCGGAAGAGCUCCUGUUUAUCCACUGGCUUCACCUAGUCAGUUUCACCCUCCAAUUUUUAGUCCUGACUUCCAACAGUUUCCAUGGUCUCAUCCAAGCUCAAUGUAUUCAAUGGCUUCAAGCUUUCGUUACCCUCCAGCCAUGCCAAUACCUCCUGCAAAUAUGCAAAAUAAGUACCCUUCAUAUCCAGGAAUGUUUUCACCUGGUAUUCACAAUAGCAUGGGGAAUCAUCCCAUCAUGACACCUGGACCAAAAAUUGAAUCAUCCGAUCAUCAGGAUAAUAGUUACCUGUGCAAUUUUCCUUACAGGGGAUUUUCCAGUUUUAGUCCGAUUUCUUCACCUUUAUCCCAGACACAAAACACCAGUAACCAUGCAGAGAACACACCACGUAGUCGUAGUGAACAGAAGAAAUCUCAUAUUAAGAAGCCUUUGAACGCUUUCAUGCUGUUCAUGAAAGAACAACGUCCUCUGGUUGUCAAGGAAGUUACUCUUAAAGAAAGUGCUGCCAUCAAUCAAAUAUUAGGCAAACGUUGGCAUGCUUUAUCUCGUGAAGAACAAGCAAAAUAUUAUGAAAAAGCUUCAAUUGAACGGCAACAACAUAGACAAAGAUAUCCUGAUUGGACUGCUCGUGACAAUUAUGCAAUUAAUACCAAAAAGAAAAAGCGCAAACGGGACAAAUCUCAAGAUGGAGAUGGAAAUAAUCCAAAAAAGUGCCGUGCCAGGUUUGGACUUGAUAAACAGGAAAGUUGGUGCAAACCUUGCAGGAGAAAAAAGAAAUGCAUUGCAUAUCGCAGUGGUUCAGAUAACACAGCUGGAGAAAGCGAAGACAACAUAGGAAGUGUUGAGAGCAUGGGUAGCCUGGAGGCACCCACACCCGAUUCCCGGUAUAGUGCAGAUACUAAUGACGGGAGUGAUUCUGGCAAUCAUGAGCCUGAAUCCUCUGAAUUUAGCCUUUCAAGCCCACCAAUUGAUUCUUUGCCUUCGGUGUCUAGCCCCACCUCAGUUCCUAGGCCAGUGGAAAGAGUGCAAUCCUUAAAUGGUGACAGUCAUACUUUUAACAUUCAGCACCUGACAAAUGAUCGUCACCCUGUGGAAGAAGGAGACGUACAUCAUGUUGGUCUCCCAACACCACCUUCAACAGACUCGUCCACAACAGCCAUGGCUCCAUCGUAGCAAAAAACACAUAUAUGUGAUUACUAUCAUAUUUGCAUUUGGGACUACUGUGGACUCUCCAUAGGACUUGUGAUACUUUUGUUUUCAUGAGCUCGUUGAGCUGUGUCAUUGUUUUUAUAUAUAAGUGUAUUGUUUUUAUGUUAAAACAAAUAAGAGACCUCUGUACAGUGAUCAUAUAUCUAUGAAGCGAGUGAAAAUGUUAUUAACACAUUGAAGUCUCACUAGCCACUGAAUUUAAGUCAGAGUGGUUCACUGGUAAUCAUCCUAAAAUGUUUUGUAGUUUUCAUAUGUUCUACAAAUGCCUCAGUGUAAUGUCAGCUACAAAAGAGUCAGAAGCCAGAUUUCUGUUCAAAUUAUUUAUAUCUUUUAAAUAUGAAUAUUUGUAUAUAACUUCCAUUGUGAACUGUUUUUACUGUGAUUUGGGUCAAGCCUUACAAUUUUUAAUAUAUGUUUCCAUAUGUAAAUACAAUUUUACAAAAAUAAUGAUACAAUGCCAUUGGCGAUAUUUUUUCUAAAUAAGAAAGCUAUAUUAAAUGCAACAAUUUUUUUUCUCUAAAGAGAUGAUGGACUUAUUUUGAGCAUUACCAUUGAAUAUUUUACUAUAAGAUUACUAUUUCUUGCAUUUAAAUUAUAAAAAGACUUGCUACUUUGUAAUCAGCUAAAUUUUUCCUCCAAGUUUUUUAAAGAAGUCAUUCUUCAAAUUUACAAUAAUGCUGUUUAAAAAAAAUCAAGCUAAUCAUAUGCCAUUUCAAGUUCUUGAAUUUGUUUGCUGUAUAGAUUUUAGUAGCAUUUAAUCCUGUUUCUACUACUAACUAUUCAGGUAGAACCACAUAUUACUAUAGUGAUAGUUUUGAGUUUUCCCUACUAUUUUUUUUUUUAUCUAGUACUUUUUCUAUUUUAUAUUUCAGUGCUCUUUUUGAUGUAAGAUUUUUUUAAAACUUUCCUUUUUUACUCCAGAUUCUUUUUGAAAUUAAUUUUUCUUCUAAUUUGAAUAAUUAUGUCAAGUUAUUUCUGAUUAUUAAUCAAAUUCUCACAAAAAUGAUAUUGCCUAAUAGCUGUUUGUAUAAGACAUGACUGAUUAUAAAGGAUUUUUCUAUAUAGAAAAAAAUAAAUAAACCAAAUUAUAGUAUUUGAUAAAAGAUUAUCAUUUGUUUGGUUAUCUAAUUUAUACUACACUAGGAAAUCAGAUAUGCAUUGUGAAA